UUUUUAUUACUGUCCCAUAAUUCAUCUUUCCAGUUAUUCCGAAGUCCUCCGCAUCUCUUCGGUUUGGGAUGUCCGUAAGUUCCUACCAAUCAUCUGCUGUCACGUGAUUAGUUGAGCAAAUGAAAUGUAUACAGUUUUGAAUAAUUAAUAUUCGGCACAUUCCGGAUUACUCGGAAGUGUUCGAGGCCUAUGUGACAAGCGUAAAACUUUUCAUCAACAGCCGCCAUCUUAGGUAUCGAAGAUCCGAUGGAUCGACGAGUUUCAAACGAUUAAUUUCAUUCUCUUUACAUUUCUAUCCAUCUUCUAACCUGUACGGAUAUUCAUAGACGUCUAAGGAAUAAUUUAAGCCCAGGGAUGGUCAUGUACGGGCCGAACUGGAUCGUAUUUUAGUAUGAAAAGUUGCGCCGAUUACGGCUUUGUACUGGCAAUCAUGGAGGCUUGGGCAUUUCAGGGAUUCCCUGUGUGUUGUUUGGAUACGUGUAUGCGCAUCGUCAUGAUGUAGGUCUCAUGCGGCAAAUGUUGUCUUUGCUGAAGCACGUGAAGCCAACUGAUCGCAGCUGAACAGUGAAGUAGGCUUGCAUUUUUUUCUGUAAAGAAAUUUUUACAAAACAUGGCUGACCAGCUUGUGGAUGGGGCCCCAGCGGCCAAACGACAGAGGAGAGAUCUUGCAUCGCCAUCUCUUACGCCAGCAAGUGACAGUUCAGAAUUCAGCUAUGAGACUCUAGUUAACAUUGCAAAUGAACUUCCAGAUGAACUGACAAGUACAAGUGAUGGAAAUCAUAAUGCACUCUGUGACCAGCCAACGUCAACCCAUGACAGUACUGCACAAAAUAACCAGCAAUUGUCACAUCUUUUAUCUAGUUCAACACCACCAUCAACAAAUAUUUCAAUCACUAACAGUAUUGCUAGUCCACAAAAUCAAAAUGCAACCCAAGGACGAAAUGCAGGUCUUGUGCAGCAGCUUCCAGGCGGAGGCCUAAAUGUUGUGAAUAAAAGUUCACACAUGAACAUGUCCUCAGUGCUUGUUGGAAAGCAAGGCACUCUGAAUCCACAGCAUAUGAUGAACAUUUCUGAUACAAAUCUAAUAAACACUAGUGCUGCUUUCACCGUCACAAGUUCAGGGGGAACAAAUUUGGGUGCUGUCUCAAGUUCAAUGAACAUGAAACCACUGACACCGCAGCAGCAUAUGAUCCCUGGUGUGAAUUUGAGCCAGCAUAAUCCCAAUCAACCUUUGAUGAAUGGACCUUCGUAUUCUCAAAGUGGUAUAGGUCAGGCAAGAAAUGUUCCAUCGAACACUGUUGGGAACACAAAUGCUAUGCCUAUGUCACAAGGAAAUGUUAUGGGACAAUCAAUUAAUAUAUCCCAGUUAGCUGGACACCAGAAUCUUGGGCAUCCUGGAAUAAAUUCUGCUCAAUCACAUCAACAGAUAGCCAAGUCUGUCCCGCAAGGUGGUGGUGGUGCUAGUGCAUUCAACUUCUCUUCUGCUCCUGGUCCUGGUCAUCCUCCUUCAACUGCUUCAUUCACUACACCCCUUUCAACUGCAAUGACGUCUAUGACUUCUUCCCCUAUGAAUGCAGGCAGUACUAUGACCAAUCCUGGACAACCAGUGCAGCCGGGAACGAGUCGCCCAGGAGCUGCUGAUCCCGACAAGAGCAAGCUUAUUCAACAGCAGCUUGUUCUACUGCUCCAUGCCCAUAAGUGUCAGAGGCGCGAGGCUACCAAUGGAGAACAAGCUUGCAGCCUCCCAUAUUGCCGAACAAUGAAAAAUGUUUUGAAUCACAUGACUACUUGUAGUGCAGGAAAAGCAUGUCAAGUUGCUCAUUGUGCUUCAUCCAGACAGAUAAUCACUCAUUGGAAGAAUUGUACUCGUAGUGAUUGUCCCGUUUGUUUGCCAUUAAAGCAUGCUUCUGAUAGAAGAAAUACAACAGCCCAGAACACCUCGAUGGCACCAUCUAACACCCAGACUGUAACUGCAGCAGUAUCUACUACAGUUGGUGUUAAGACUGCUGAUCCUGCAACGAUGAAAAGAGCAUAUGAUGCACUUGGUCUGCAAUAUAACAGCACAGGUACAACUCACCUGGCACCCUCUGCUCACCCUCAGAUAAACCAAGGGAUGGCACCAGCACAAAUAAACUCAACAAAUCAAUCGAAUCCUAUUCAACAACUUAUGGCAACACAACCAAAUCUGAACAACCCAGCAGCAAAUGCCACUCAGAGUCUGCCUCCGCUUUCUGAUGGUCUUGCUACUGUCCAGCAGCCAAAUGCACAAAUAUCGGAUGAUUGGCACCAAAAUGUCACCCAGGAUCUUCGAAAUCAUCUCGUGCAUAAAUUGGUUCAAGCUAUUUUCCCUACCCCUGAACCUGCUGCAUUAAAAGACAGUCGCAUGAAGAAUCUAGUGGCUUAUGCUCGAAAAGUAGAAGGAGACAUGUAUGAAACUGCCAACAGUCGAGAAGAGUAUUAUCAUCUGCUGGCUGAAAAGAUUUACAAAAUACAGAAGGAACUGGAUGAGAAGCGCAUCCAGAGAAUGAUGAGGGGAGGCAACCCUAGUGGUCCAAAUGCUCCGGCUGCAGUGGUUGGACCAGCUCGGCAAGCUGGACAGCAGAGUGUGUUCGAGACUUUAGGAAUUCGAGCUCCUUCACAACACUUUGACAGUUCACUUCGAGAUGUACCUGUUACAGGUGGUAAUCAGCUACAAACUACUAUAAAUGCUCCCAAUGAUUUUAACAUUGCACCACAAGUUCCUCAGAUACCAAGUAUGCAGAGAAUGCCACUGCAGAACAUGUCAGUACGAACUACCCCACCUCCUGCACAGUUGCCUCUUGGCUCUAAUGCAAUAACAAUGAAUGCUGCUCUGCGUGAAUCUAACCAACAGCUACAGGAAGCUUUGAAGAAAACAUCGAUACAACAGCCAAUUAGCCUUCCUCAAAACCAGGCUGGCACGCAGCCUGGCCUUCCCCAGCAACCAUUCUCAGCCCAGCACCAGGGAAACCAGUCCAUUCCUGCACAGUCCCAGCCCCUGCCACAACCACAGCGACCUGUCUCACAACCCCAGCCAUCACCGCAGCAGAUGCAGUCACAGCCCCUUCAACAAUUUCAGCAGCAACAGCAAAAUGCUCAAGCUGUGCAGCAGCCAGUGCAGUCCAAGUUGCAACAACAGCUGCAACAAACACAGCAGAUGGAACAAACACCAGCACCCCAGGAAGCCAAGGUCAAACAAGAAGUUAUCGAAGCCAAUCAGCAUUUGUCAAGUCUUUUGUCAAGUUCCACACCACCACCGAGCAGUGUUGGCGCUACCUCUGCAGGCCAGAUGAUGCCGUCUGUCAACAGUGUUGGUGCAGCCUCUAAUAUAGCCUCCACUUCCCUGAAAGAAAUAAAACAAGAGGUGAAAAGUGAAAUGGACACUGACUUUAAAACUGAAGGCGAUAAAGUGAUAAACGGUACAAAUUGUGCUACCAGUGGUAAAAGUGCUAAUAAUAAUGCUCCACAGAAUGUUGGCGGAAAAUGUAUUCCCUCUGUCGAGGUGAAAAUGGAAACCCAGGAUUCCGACUCAAAUUCUGUUCCUGUCAAAGAAGAACAAAGUGCGUCUGCUUCUGGCACCGAGUCGUCUACUCCAAAACCAGAAGGCAUGGACAAUACUGCUGAAGCCAGUAACAAUAGUGACGAUUCCAAAAACAACAUGGAGAGUCCAGCAGCUGGUACUGCAACUACUGCUGCAGCAGGGACGGCAGCUGCAGGUGCUGUAGUUCGAAAACCAAAUAAAAAGAAAGUAUUUAAGCCAGAUGAGUUACGUCAAGCUUUGAUGCCAACUUUGGAAAAACUGUACAGGCAGGAUCCAGAGUCUCUUCCCUUCCGUCAACCUGUUGAUCCAAUUAUGCAACAGAUUCCAGACUAUUUUGAAAUUAUCAAGAAACCAAUAGAUCUGUCAAUGAUCAAACGCAAAUUGGAUACUGGUCAGUACCAGGAUCCAUGGGAAUAUGUUGAUGAUGUCUGGUUGAUGUUCGAAAAUGCCUGGGUAUACAACAAGAAGACUUCAAGAGUUUACAAGUAUUGCACAAAGUUAUCUGAAGUAUUCGAGAGUGAGAUUGAUGGAGUUAUGCAGUCACUGGGAUACUGCUGUGGUCAUAAAUAUGUGUUCAGUCCCCAAGUUCUAUGCUGCUAUGGAAAGCAGUUGUGUACUAUACCAAGAGAUGUCAUGUAUUACUGCUACCAAAAUAGAGUGGUAUAUUGUGAGAAAUGCUUCCAAGAAAUCCAGGGUGAUGAGAUUGAAGUUUGUGAUGACCCUACUCAGCCUGCUUCGUAUGUAUCAUUGAGGAGAAUCCCAAAGACGAAUUUUGACAAGCUCAAGAAUGACAAGUUAGAAUAUGAAGAUUUUAUUAAUUGUUUGGAUUGUGGAAGAAAGUUGCAUCGAAUAUGUUGUUUAUGGUUCGAACCCAUCUGGCCUCAAGGCUACACUUGUGAUAAUUGUUUGAAAGCCAAGGGAAUGAAAAGAAAAGAGAACAAAUAUGGAGCAAAGAGAUUGCCCAAUACAAAACUAGGUACAUAUUUAGAGAACCGUGUAAAUAAUUUCCUAAGGAAAAAAGAUGUUGGUGCUGGAGAAGUAUCUAUUAGAGUGCUGUCCAGUUCAGAUAAAGUGGUGGAAGUGAAGCAAGGCAUGAAAAAGAGAUUUGGUGAUGAAUUCCAAGACUCGUUUGUAUACCGGUCCAAGUCAAUGUUUGCAUUUGAAGAAAUUGAUGGCACGGAUGUGUGUUUCUUUGGCAUGCACGUUCAGGAAUACGGCUCAGAAUCUCCUGCCCCAAACACUAGGAGAGUGUACAUAUCAUAUUUAGACAGUGUUCACUUUUUCCGGCCCCGUGCAUUAAGAACGGCAGUGUAUCAUGAAGUUCUCAUUGGAUACCUUGAAUAUGUGAAAAAUCUGGGCUUUACAACGGCUCACAUUUGGGCGUGUCCGCCUAGUGAAGGAGACGAUUACAUUUUUCACUGUCAUCCACCAGAACAGAAGAUUCCAAAACCAAAACGGCUCCAGGAGUGGUACAAGAAAAUGCUCGACAAGGCAAUCAUCGAGAGAUGUGUCACUGAUUACAAGGAUAUACUUAAAGAUGCGAUAGAAAAUAAUUUUACCAGUGCAAAAGAGCUACCAUACUUCGAAGGCGACUUCUGGCCCAACGUGUUGGAGGAGUGUAUCAAGGAGCUGGACCAGGAGGAGGAGGAGAAGAGGAAGCGCGAGGAGGCGGAGGCGGCAGCCGCUGAGGCCGAGAGCCAGGAGGUGGUCGAUGAGACGGGAGACCCGGUAUGUGCACUGACUAUUGCUGGGAAAAAGAAAGGAGAAAAGAAAGGACGUAACAAGAAGGCUAGCAAAAGCAAAAAUAACCAGAGAAAGAACAGCAAGAAAACCAGCUUGCCCUAUGGUGGAAAUGAUCUCACUGCUAAAAUCUACCAGACAAUGGAAAAACACAAAGAGGUUUUCUUCGUUAUUCGUCUGCGGCCUCAAGCUAAUCAUGAGCUACCUCCGAUCGUGGAUCCCGAUCCUCACAUCAGCAAUGAACUGAUGGAUGGAAGAGAUUCAUUUCUCACCAUGGCUCGUGAAAAGCAUUUUGAAUUCUCCUCACUCCGAAGAGCAAAGCUGUCCACAAUGGCUCUACUCUACGAACUGCAUAAUCAAGGAAGAGAUAGCUUUGUGUACACUUGUAAUAGCUGCAAGACACACGUGGAAACGAGAUACCACUGCCAAGUCUGUGAUGAUUUUGACCUGUGCACUGCAUGCUUUAAGAAAGAGGGACAUCCUCACAAGAUGGACAAACUUGGUCUGGAUCUUGAUGAUGGCUCGUACACUGGUGAUAAGCAAGAAAAUCCUCAGGAAUCUCGGCGGCAGUCCAUUCAGCGGUGCAUUCAGUCUCUGGUUCAUGCGUGUCAGUGCAGAGAUGCAAACUGUAGACUUCACAGCUGCCAAAAAAUGAAGCGUGUUGUGGCUCAUACUAAGAGCUGUAGGCGAAAGACAAAUGGCUGUCCAAUUUGCAAACAGUUAAUAGCUCUGUGUUGUUACCAUGCAAAACACUGUGAUGAACAUAAGUGUCAGGUGCCAUUCUGUCAUCAGCUCAAACACAAGCUGCGACAGCAGCAGCUACAACAGCGCCUGCAGCAGGCCCAGAUGUUGCGGCGGCGGAUGGCUUUAAUGACUGCAAACAAUAGCAAUGCCACUAGCGCCAGUGUUGUUGCGGCACCCCAGGUAGCACCACAACUUCCUGUGGUACCAUCGUCAACUUUUACCAACGGAAAGCCAUCGUCGACACCACCACAAGGUGCUAUGGAAGCUGCCAUGAAGGCCCAAGAAGCUGCCCAGGCUCAACGACAGCUUACUCAUAAUUUGAGUGUGGGCAAACCAACUUCUGUGAAUAAUAUGCAGCAACCAAAAAUGCCCAACCCAGGAAUCCCUGUGAAUACUAUUCCAUCACCUCAGGUUCAGCAGCGGCCACCUAUAUUUAUGCAUCAGCAGCAACAGUACCCAACCCAACAGCAGAUGCCUCAGCAGCAGCAGGUGGCUCCACCACGGCAGGCUGUCGACCAGCAAAUGUCACACCAGAUGCAGCAGUCUGUGCCCAGUAUGAAUCCAGGAAUGAAUUCCCAGCAGCAGAGACCAAGCAAUCAGAUGACAAACAGCGCUAUCCAGCAGCUACUACAGGCUCUGAAGAAUCAAUCCUCCACCCAGACCGAGCAGAAAGUCCUGGCCAUGCUGAAACAGAACCCGGCUCUGAUGGCGUCCGUCUUGAAGCUGAAGACCCAGCGUAUGCAACAGCAGCAGCAGCAGGCUGCAGCACAACAGCAACAGGUACAGAAUAUAUCUGGGAUGCAGGUGCAGGGAAUGCCGCCACAAAACCCACAGCUGGUCAAUCCGCCAACUCAUCAGCAGCUGCGCAACCUGCAACUGAUGCAGCAGAUGCGUCAGCAGCAGGCUGUACAACAACAAGCGGCUCAGCAACAGGCAGUCCAGCAACAACAGCAGCAGCAGCAACAUCAGAUGAACCAGUUCCAACAGCCCAUGCAGCCUUUCUCGCAGAGGCAACGGAUGAACUUCCCUCCGCGGCAGGGUUUCCAGAACGACGGUACCCAGCACCACAUGCACCAGUUCCAGCAGCAGCAGCAGAUGAUGCAGGUUCAACAUCACCAGGCACAGCUAAAACAGCAGGUGGUCGGCGGCCAGCCCAUGAGCCCGCAGAUGAUGGUGCAGGCGAACCCAUCUCCACAGCAACUGAUGCAGCAAGUGCGAUCACCACCGGCUCCCUCCACCUUGCCACAGACAGUUCGAUCUCCGCAGCCCAUCCCUUCCCCCCGGCAGCAGCCCAUCCCAUCACCACGUCAGCAGCCACAGCAGUCACCUCAUCACGUGCCGACAAUUAACUCACCGCACCCAGUUAUGGCGGGGUCAUCGGCCACCCCGGACCCAAGUCAAAUGAACUCGGAUCAAGUCAUGCUUCCUCAGUUACAGUCCGCUCACACUUCCAUGUUACAAAGUCCUGCCAACACAGACCUAAUGAACACACAAGAUCAAGACAUGUCAUCAACAAUCCCUCCGCAGGACCAGCUCUCACGAUACGUUGAAACAUUGUAGUAUUGAGCUUCACAUUUAAAAAAAACUAUAUACAAAUUUACACGUGCAUAUAUAUAUAUAUAUAUAUAUAUAUAUAUAUAAUUAUUAUAUAUAUUAAAUGUUAUAUAUUUCAUGUACAUAGAUUGUAAAAAGUUGUAACUAUUUCAUACAUAAUGACAUGCAAACAUAAUUUAUCAUUCACUUAUAGAUUUAUCAUAUUUUACCAUUGUUUUUCAUUUUUUCAGAAUAAGGUAUCAGAAAUUUUGAUAUAUAUAUAAUAAUAAAAAAGUAAAUAUCUUGUCAUCUUAUAUAAAAUCAUUAAUUGUAGUUUAGGGCACUUGUUGCCAAAAGUUCAUGGACAUCAACUACAAAACUUCUAGCUUUGUUUUGAUUCAUUAUUUGUAUAGUUAGUGUUUCUGUUCUGUCCCAUUGACAUCUAAGCAAAUUUGAUGCUCCUGUUGACACUGUAGCUACGUUUAGUAUGUUGAUGUUUUAGCUGACAAAGGAUGAAAUUAUCGAGAAACUUUGUGUUGUGAUUUGCCCAAAGUUGGUGCAUUUUUGUCAGGUUGCAUUCAAAAGCAUAUAGUGUGUGAUCAAGACUUCACAGUGUUUUAGAAAAUACCAAAAAAAAAGAAGAAAUUCUUGGUCAAUAAGAAAUUGUUUUGCUAAUUUCCUAUUUCUGGAUUCAUGCGAAAAAGACAACAAAAAAAGAGAUUGGAAUUCAUCAUCAUUUUAUUUGUCAGAAUGGACUGUUCGACUGUGUUUAAUGUGACGUGAAAUACAGACAGUACUGACCAGUGGUAACUAUAAAACAAUUGUGUGUAUGCAUGUUGGUGUCAGAAGAUUACCAGUAUCUCUCAACUACAAUCUUUCCAAUUUGCAUUUGAUAUUUCAUGAGUGACAUUGUAAAUAAAUAUUUCCUACCAGGAAAAUUUAA